AUGCAUAAACUGAAGACAAGAUGGAUAGGACAGGAAAAGGAGAUGCCAGUGGUUAAUUCCCAUCUUGUCAUGAAAGCUCUACCUGAGCCUGCCACUGAGCCUGCUGAUGCAUUGGAUGGCAUUGCACAGGGUCAUCAAUGCAAUGAUCCCAUUGUUGUCACAGAGGCUGACCCACCCAUGGAAGCAGCAUAUGACAGGGAUGGUUUAAUACACCACCCUUACUUGGAUGCCAUUAACCUUGUGGUGGAUCCUCAGCUGAAGGCACUGUGCCGCCUGCUAUGUCAAGUUGCUUUGAUUCAAAAUGAAGCACUGGCACAUCUGCAUAACCAGCACAAGGGCUUACAGGUUGACAAGGAGCAGUUCCAACAAGUGGUUGCACAGUUGGAUGUGGCAGAUGACUUCCCUGAGCCCUACUUUACUCAGGUCAUCUCCCCUUUCAGAGGCCUGGAGGUUUUGACAGGCAUUGGUUGUGGACACUGUGCAUAUGCCACAUCCUCUUCCAAGUGCAUGCAGGUCCAUCACAGGGAACACCACAGGGAUACUGCCACCCCCAAGGACUGGACUGCUUGCAAGAUGCAGAGAUUCAGCAGGAGUGGGAAGGGAUGUGUCCUGUUCCAAGUCCAUGACACUGCUGCCCCUGCCUCCCCUGUUCCAGUUGAUGAUGCCAUUAGCCAUCUUAGACAACAGAUGGCCCAGGCAUCAACAUCCAACAUGCCACAGGAUGAAUGUGUCAUCAAGAUCCCAAGAUGUGAUGAUGAUGGCUUGUUCCCUGGACUCAAGGCAGCAGUGAGGCAGUACUUCAAUGAAGCACUCAACCUCCUCACCAUCACUGAUGAAUUGGUCCUGCAACAAUUGAACUUGCCAGCACCACUCAAAGAAGGCAUCAGCAACACUCCCUUCCAUCACCACCAGAAUGAGGACACAAUGGACACUUACACUGCACCAGUCAUUGCAUUGCUAUAUAUGCUGGGGCGAGUGCAGCAGGAGAAUACAUACAGCCUACUCUUGCCUGACAACCUCAUUGAAAAGGUCACUGCCCUGGGAACAGCCAUCAGAGAGGGAGUGGAUGUCUCUGCCAGCCUUCACCAAGUCCUGACUGAAGUAUGGAUGACCAAGUGGCCCAAGACCACUGGCAAUCCCAUGCCCUGUCCCACAGAGCAGAUGCUGGCCCUGUAUACUCUGGAGGGAGAUGGAAAGCACAAGGAGCCAGCUGCAGUGACAUACUACCUUAGCCAGGCUCACAUACUGCAUUUGCUUGAGGAGCUGAUGGAGAUGGUUGAGAAUGAUACCAUUGAUGCAUUGCAAGCAGGUCACUCCCAUGCCACUGAAAACUGGAUCUAUGGUCUCAGUCCAGAGGCACUCCCUGGUGCAGCAGAAGACAUCAUUCUCUUGUUCUUGCAGGCAAGCAUGCAAUGGCAAGUGAUCAUGCACACAGUACCUGGGGGGGUUCAAUUAGGAUACAUGUAUACUAAUCCAGGGCAGUUCCAGGAGUUGGCAAGAGCUGGGAAACUCGGCCUAGAAGCUCAGCAAGAGACCAAUGGAGGCACAGCAAAUGACACUGGGACCAUCUCAGAAGACACAAUUGCAGACAAAGUUGUUGCAAAAUUGGAAGAGAGAGUCCUUGGCAAUCUGGAAGCCCACCUCAUGGACAAGCUAGUUGCCACUCUUACCCCAGCCAUUCAGACCAUUGUGCAGGAUGUAGUGCAAGCUGCAAUGGGUAGCAGGACUCCAGACAUCCUGAUGGAGCAUCACAACCACACUCCUACCAAUGCCAAGGGCUGGGAUGAGAUGUAUUUGGAUGCAGAAGGGCCACCACCUGUACCUGAAGGUGGAGAAAACCAACUCAAACUGAACAUGAAGGACAAGGGUGGGUAA